AUGUCACUUGUUGCUUUUUCUUAUCAAUUUAUUUUAUAUGGCAAAUCAGAAGAGACUGAUGGUAUUUAUAUGGACCUUACUUUUGAAUCUACUAAUGGAACAUGUCACUCAUACCCAUUCAAAGAAAACCGUCCACUUGACUUUAUUUACUUUACUGAUGUUGGUGUGUAUAAAUUUUAUUGUAUGCCACCUUUGACGUACCAAGUUAUUUGUCAUUUAUUUGCUACAAUGCUUACCUUUAUCCUUUCAAUAGUGUCGUUCGUAUUUGGUUCUGUGUUAGUUCAAAAAAUAUCGAUAAUCUUUAUCUUAGCAUAUAUUGCAUUUAGUUUUCUUCUUCUUAUUGUUGGCAUUACUGACACAGUGAUGGGAUUUAAUUCUGAUAAGUUUUGUAAUAAUGAACUUCUUAAUACAGUUGAUUUUACACACUCUAUAUCAAAACCUUCUUCUAUUCAAUGCAAUAUAGACUAUAUCACUUAUUUUGGAGUUUAUGAAAUAAUUGUAGCUCUUUUUGCUGCUGCUCAUGGAGUUAUUAUCGGUUGUUUGUUCUUUGAUUAUUUUAAAUCCAAAAAGGCUUUAAGAGAUGAACAACAAAAGCCUUAUGCAGGUCUUAAGUUUGAUUCCCAAGGAAAUGUCAUUAAAUCUGAUGACCAAAAUUUGAAGCAAUCAACUAAAAACUCUGAACAAGAAAUCGAAUUAAAAACUCAUCUCACUCAAAACCCAAUCCAAAUAGAGAAAUCAAAAUUACAUCAAACACAAGAAGUAGUUGAUAUGCCUAAAGAACAACUACCACAACUAGAUAAUCAGUCUCAAAGAAGUGAACAAAAUGAUAAUACACCAGAAGUUAUCAUUACAGAAUCAAAAUAA